CUGGGGCUCUGGAUCCAAAGAUCUCCCCACUCACACACCUACGGACACACGCUACUCUGGGAGGUGAUUUGCGACUUAGCCAGGCCCCCAAAGCUGGGCUCCUGUAGGGAGAAAGUCUGCCCAGGUCCAUAUCCAAGCCUUCAUCGUUUGUCCUCUGGGUUCUGGGAUCCUGCUGGAAGAGGGGAGCUUCUGCAAUGGGAGUUGCCACAACCCUGCCGCCCCCAACCACUUCCAAAACCCUGCAGAAGCAGCAUCUAGAAGCAGUGGGCGCCUACCAAUAUGUGCUCACUUUCCUCUUCAUGGGCCCUUUCUUCUCCCUUCUUGUCUUUGUCCUCCUCUUCACGUCACUCUGGCCCUUCUCUGUUUUUUACUUGGUGUGGCUCUGUGUGGACUGGGACACACCCAACCAAGGUGGAAGGCGUUCGGAGUGGAUAAGGAACCUGGCAAUUUGGAGACAACUAAGGGAUUAUUAUCCUGUCAAGUUGGUGAAAACGGCAGAGCUGCCCCCGGAUCGGAACUACGUGCUGGGCGCCCACCCUCAUGGGAUCAUGUGUACAGGCUUCCUCUGUAAUUUCUCCACCGAGAGCAAUGGCUUCUCCCAGCUCUUCCCGGGGCUCCGGCCCUGGUUAGCCGUGCUGGCUGGCCUCUUCUACCUCCCGGUCUAUCGCGACUACAUCAUGUCCUUUGGACUCUGUCCCGUGAGCCGCCGGAGCCUGGACUUCAUCCUGUCCCAGCCCCAGCUCGGGCAGGCCGUGGUCAUCAUGGUGGGGGGUGCGCACGAGGCCCUGUAUUCAGUCCCCGGGGAGCACUGCCUUAAGCUCCAGAAGCGCAAAGGCUUCGUGCGCCUGGCGCUGAGGCACGGGGCGUCCCUGGUGCCCGUGUACUCCUUUGGGGAGAAUGACAUCUUCAAACUUAAGGCUUUUGCCACAGGCUCCUGGCAGCAUUGGUGCCAGCUCACCUUCAAGAAGCUCAUGGGCUUCUCUCCUUGCAUCUUCUGGGGUCGCGGGCUCUUCUCAGCCACCUCCUGGGGCCUGCUGCCCUUUGCUGUGCCCAUCACCACUGUGGUGGGCCGCCCCAUCCCCGUCCCCCAGCGCCUCCACCCCACCGAGGAGGAAGUCAAUCACUAUCACGCCCUCUACAUGACGGCCCUGGAGCAGCUCUUCGAGGAGCACAAGGAAAGCUGUGGAGUCCCCGCUUCCACCUGCCUCACCUUCAUCUAGGCCUGGCCGCGGCCUUUCGCUGAGCCCCUGAGCCCAAGGCACUGAGACCUCCACCCACUGUGGACUCCAUGCCACCUAUAAAAGGUAGUUCUGGGCCCAGCGCAGUGCCUCAUGCCUGUAAUCCCAGCACUUUGGGAGGCCAAGGUGGGAGGAUCGUUUGAGCCCAGGAGUUGAAGACCAGCCUGGGCAACAUAGUGAGACUUCAUUUCUACAAAAAUUAAAAAAUAAUGUUGUUAAUUAGCCGGGCAUGGUGGCGGCAUGUGCCUGUAAUCCCAGCUACUUGGGAGGCUGAGGCAGGAGACUUGCUUGAACCCAGGAGGCGGAGGUUGCAGUGAGCUGAGAUCACACCACAGUACUCCAGCCUGGGCAACACAGUGAGACUCAAUCUCAAAAAAAAAAAAAAAAAAAUGUUGUUAAAGCUAUAAUCGUUCUGAAGUGAACAUGGCCAGGCAUGACCUGCCCCCAUCCUGAUGUGCUACAAAGCUGCUGCCUUAGAUUGGGUAUCAGGACCCUGAACUGUCCUCCCAGUGAGAGUUCAGUCUGUGGCAUGACCUUGGACAAGCCUCUUCCUUUUGCCUGUUUACUUCUUUGUCUGUAAAUAAAGGCAUCUGCUUAGCAAAGA